UAGGCGGAUCGAGAGACAGCAAUUUCCGCAGCACAAUCGUUGACAACGAGCAUUCGGUUGGAAGAUUAGGUCUUCUCGCGCCUCUGUCGCCCGACGAACGUCUUUGUCGGCUUCUUUCGCUCGGAAACAAUUCUGUCACAUGGAAAUUUCACUAAAUCGACGCGCGCAGAACAAAAAGAAGCAGAGAGCGAGUCGUGUCGCUCUCGUACGCUCGUACGACGCGUCAGCUGGAAUGCACAAUGAGCUUCGACUCAUCUGACACACGCGAGGCAUAUGUGUAAGUCGAUGGAAAAAAAAACACGGAAAACAACGACUUCUACCGGCAUUCGGCUUGUCAAGUACAAUUAGCACGAACAAAACGAGAUAACGAUAAAGCAAACUUGUGGCACAGGGCUGACGCUGCGCGAAGAAGAAAGAACGAAGCGGAACAAUGGAUUACAUCGCGAGAGCGACAUCAGGUCGAGAGUAAUGUCGAGCGCGCUUGAGCGAGAAAGUGGAGCGAGCGUAUGUGAAGUGGGGGUCUCGGCGAAAUUUAUUUCUGAAAAAAAAAAAGAAAAAAAAAAAAAAAAUGAGGUGCUCAAAACCUUCUAACUGGUCUCGCAUCACAACACCAUCCGUCGCCGUCUGUUUAAAUACCCAAGGAUCGUCGCGUCAAAGAAAUAUGUUGAAUGGGCUGCGCCUAUAAGCAGGUAUAGAAGUUCUUAGUCUCGAGGCUAGCAGGUUUUAUUAUAGCUUGUUUUUACUUUCACAACGAUUAUUAUUUCACUCUCGCGGAGGAGUUUUCUCUCCCUCUCUCUCUCUUUCUUCUCCUUCUGCUUCUGCGGCGGCUCGCGUAUCGCGCCGAUUUCUCGUUUCGCUCGAAACUGCGGACGACGGCUUCGAUGAGAAUGAUCUAAAAAUAAAAAUACACGUCCCGAUGCGCACACGUGCGUCGCGGGCGAGCAACAGUUCUCGUUCCACUUGCUGCGCUCGGUUGGAUUUCAUUCCCUCUGUGUGUGCGUAAUCGAUGUCGGCCUUUUUUCCCAGGACGGGAGAACAGGAGGGGGGAGGAACAGUUCAGUAUAGCAUUACCGAUUAUCGGAGGUGGUCGUCAUUCGAAAAAGAAGCGACGAGAAGAGUGUUACUAAGACUUCUUAGUCAGUGCUUCUCUUGCUUCAUUUUUUUUUUAUUAGGGGAGACGCACUUGCGCUUUUCGUAGGUAAGCGGCGGCGUUGCUUUAGUUCGAAUGGAAAUUUCACUCCGAACACACGAAUGGCUUUUGCUUUGUUUCUCUCUAAUCGGCUAGCGGAAUGUGAAUCAGACGGUGACGUCAGUUCAGCCUCAGCUGCGUUUCACGCAGUUCGAUUCCAUGUUCUCCGCGACAAGAAUCCACGAUGGCAAUCUACGGGGCCGCGCGACAAGAGGAAAUCAAUAAGCGCGGACAGCGUGAAAAAUUCAGCGCCGCGUGGUACCCGCGCGAGCAGUGCCGAGCUCUCGGCAAAGCAAGGUACGCGGGUCACGAGGGAAGGCCGAGGCACGAAUCGACAUCGUCAAGAGUCCCGUCGAUAUCGAAAAAAGACGUCGAACUGUCCGAAGGAAUGAUUCCCGAAGACACCAUGGAAGUCGAGGUGUCGCACUGCCGCGAGCUCCGCAUUCAAGCCGGAGCGUUCACGGGCGGUGCCCAGCUGAAGCGCGUACACGUGUCCGGCAUCUACACCUUGGUGGCGAACAAGCAGGCCUUUCAGAACAUCAGCGCGCCGAAUCCGUUGCUGGAGGUGUCCGAAUGCAAUCGGGUGAUACUCGAGAGCCACGCGUUCAAGAAUACCAAGGGUCCGCUGAGCGUGUCGAUAUCGAGAUGUAAACACGUGACCAUCAAGCCAAACGCAUUCUCGUGGCUGCUGCAGAUCAGCGUGAGGGAAGUGCCGAAUCUAGAGCUGUCGAGCAACGCCUUCAAGUUCGAGACUCCGCAACAUGGUCGACACGGACCAGCGACCAAGAUAAUGUUCCAACGGGUGAAGAUCCCGGAGUUGCCGACAGCAGUGUUUCCCUCGACGGCCGCGGAAAUUCGUAUGGACGACUUGUGGACAGGCAGCAUCAAGAAGGACGCGUUCUGCGCCAUGAACGUACUCAGCGUGGUCAUAAGCAACGCGUCGAUCGUUGAAAUCGAGCCGGGAGCGUUCAGCGACAGAACCCUCAUACACGGCUUGGAAUUCGUCGACGUGAGAAUGAAAACCGUGCGUGCCGGGGCUUUCAGAGCUGGAGCCAAUAAUCUGACCAUACAAUAUUCCAGGUUGUCCGAAGUGGAAUCCGGAGCGAUAGACAUAACCGUGGCGACGGUGACCUUCAACAACAACGAGUUCUUCAAUUUACACCGCAACUCGAUCGUGUUCCAUCAGUGGAAUCGCAUCGCCAUCGAUUACAAUCUGUUCCAGCGGCUGGAAACGAAUGCCAUCAAUGCCAUAACCUCCGACACGGCCAAAGCAACAAGCUUGGAGUUCUCAUUUUCCGGAAAUCACAUCCACGAGGCCGAGGCCAAAUCCCUUACCUUCGUCGAGAUAUCGCAGAGCGUGACGGCAGCUCGAGUCGGCAGUAAUUACUUCAAGCUCACGUGCAAUUGUAAUUUGGAGAGCUGGGUGCAAGAGCGUAUUGGCAGUAACACCUCGGUGUCGUGGAUCAUGGACUCGAGUUACUGCGUGAUCGACAAGUUCCUGAUGAACUGCUUCAAUCUGCCGGAAGGUUACCUGGGCAUGCGCAAUUAUACUCAGACGAUUUGUUCCAAGACCGACAAGAGGAUCAAUUGCACGUUGCCAACGGCCAAAUCAGAGCCAAGCGUGAGUCCGCCAAGUGUCGGUCCACAUCAGUAUCCAAGGCACAAGGGUUACUUCGACGUGGAAAUGAGCGAUCCCGAUCAAAUGGAGCGCGAGAAGAGGAUCAUCAUGAUCGUUUGCGUAGUGGCAGUGUUUUCGUUGUGCGUGGUUAUUCUCACCUCCGGCGUGCUCUAUAUGCGUCGUCGCGGCGUCUGUCCAAAGCUGACGUCCGGAACGCUGAACCUGGCCAAUUCGUGGUUCUCGCCGAACAGCGGCAUGACUGCGGCCACGUCGGCGAGAUCGAUCUCGAGGCUCAGCGUGCACGAGUACGCGGGUCUACAGCCGGAAACGCGGAUUCUCGACAUAGAGCCUCAUCAAGACGCCGUGGAAGAGGAUCAAGGAGCCGCCGAAGGUGGUGGCGAUUGCGCCUUCACGGAGAACAAGGCGACGCAAACGCUGCCCGAAGAACUGACCGAGGAGUAUCUCACGGAAUUGAGAGAGAGACUGACCGACCCAGAACAGUACAGUUACGCUCGUGAUAUGAUCGAGCAUCUCUACGAUCUCAUCAAAGUCGAGGAGAGUUGUAACAACAAUAACGACAGGCGGCCGUCCCUCGACGGCAACGCUUACGACAUGAUCAGGCCUAAGCCGAACAGGACGCGAGUCGGACCAAGACAGCCCUCGAUCAGUAUAGGCACCAAAGUUCCAUCCUUGGACAAGCUUCUGCCGACGUUGUUGCGUCCACGACCACAGAUUACGGAAUACGCGGAACCGCGGGAUCACAGGGUUAUUGAUCAGAAUCAUUUGUACACUGAAUUGCCGGGUGACGAGACAGUGCCAAGUACAAGUCGAUUGUCCGAACCCGUACUCGCGACUCUGGCAGGCAGGGCGCCGCAACCUCUACCUCCAGAUGUCAUUAACGGUCAUGGAUCGUCGGCUGCGGAGCAAGAAGCUGCCGCCAGCGACAAGAAGACUAAAAGUUUCUUUCAGACGUUAGGCGAAACUUUUUACGCAUCCAAAAAGAUACAAAACCCAAAAAGGCCAGAGUCGUUGUUGGACGAAUAUACAGAUCCUUCGGACGUGACUGCUCAUCUCUACUCGGAACUGUCAGAACCAAAGCAGCAGCAGCAAGCCAAUAACAAUAAGAUGGCCAAUCGACCACUGCCAACUAAACCAGAUCACGAGGCCAUCGUUAAGACGUAGUGUUACUUCUCCGUCCUUGAGACCCUACCUUAUUAUACAGUCAGUCCGAGGGUUGACACAAACACACACCUGUCUGUGAUAAACGAAAAAAUAUAAACGAGUAAAUCAAUGUCUUGUUGCAUACAAGCUCGGUGGUAUGAAUGCGCGACUUGGGAUGAUACUUUUUUCAAUGUAUAUCGUUGCGUUUCCCUUACUGAUUAUUGAUUUUUUUCUUUUUUAUUUGUAUUACAUAUGUGGCUACGUAGAACAUUGUAUAGAUUUAUUAAUAAAGCCACGUACCGCCAUACGAACGAAUGUGUGAGAGCGAGGAUAAAAUGGAAAAUGCGCCAUUGAUUAUUUAAUAACGAGUAGUCUCAUUUCCUUGAUGUAACAUACGAUUUUAUAAAUAUUAUUAUAUGUAUAAAUAUGCCUCGACAGUUUAUCAUUAGAGCAUUUUAUUC